AUGACAGUCAACUAUGUCUGCUUCAGUAAUCUACAACAGUCUGACCACGACGCCACGCAAUCCGCGUUGAUGUCUCCCAAGUGUAUUGUGUUGUUUUUUGCCUCCUCCCAACAUUCAGACCAGGAGGCGUCUCAUCAGUGGAGCUGUUGUGUGGCAUGGUCAUUGGGUCUUUGCCUUGUCACCUGGGAUCCAAAGACCAGUGUGACCUUUUUUGAUGGGUUUCCUACGUGCCUCCUCCCAUCACGUCUCUGCCUCCUCCUCCUCCUCAUUUUCGAUUACCAAGUCCAACCAUUCUGCAAAAGCUUAGCAUUUCAACAGGACGUUUACGGCCUCUGCAAUUUCCCACUCAUCCCGUCAACGUUCGAAAGGCACAAUCAAGUCCUGGUACACCUCGCCGUUCGAGUCAGAAUCCCUAGUUCCCUCACAGUUCCAGUCUUCGCGUCGCCGCAACUGCCGAACCCUCCCUCACUCUCAGAGUUCUAUGAUUGGUCUGAAGGACCCUCUAAUGACCCAAUCAGCUUGUUUUUCGGGUCAAAUGGUGGAUUCGGGCUUUGCGGACCCAACUCCACAGAAUUCUUUGGCUUAGCUCCAAUUGCCCAUGUGACGACUCAGUCACCGUCAAACUACGCGCCAUCUCCCUCCCACUAG